CGGUGUGAACCACUGAACUGUGUGAACGCAGCACAUGCUAAGUUGAUAUAAACAUGGCAGGAUCUAUUUCACAGCAGCUGGAGGACCUGUUAAAUCCAUGUCCCAAGUUUGCAGAUCCAGAAGACGACAGAGAUGAAGCGACGAAAGCCAAGGUUGUAGAAGUAUUGGGUGAAGAUGAUGAUGGUGGUGAAGGUUCUGUGGGGCUGAGUGUCCUGAGGAGGAGCAGCAUGCUGCUGCUGUCUGACACCGACCACGUGUACGCUGGCAAGACUGUCUCCAGAAAACAGCUGAGGGUGGAAGCUGAAGGGUCUGGUGAGGAGGAAGAAGAUGAUGAUGAGGAGGAGGAAGAAGAUGGUGGUGAGGAGGAGGAUGAUUCUGGAGCUGAUGAAGAGUCAGAUGAAGAGCUGCUGUCUGAAGCAAAGCGCGCUGAUGUUCCCGUUACUGAGUCGGUGGACUUCCGAGAGCUGGCAGAGGGCAUGGACGAUUUGGGAGUGAGUGAAGAUGAAGACAGCGAGGACAGUGAUGAAGAUGAGGACUUGGAGAGUGAGGAGAUGGAAGACGGUGACGAGGAUGACGGCGGCGUGCGCACAUUUUCUCAAGACAAAGUGGACGAGGAGGUUGAGAGAGGGAAGGCCGUCAGGAACCAGCUGGCAUUGUGGGAUGAGCUGCUUGAAGGACGUAUUAAAGUCCAAAAGGCUGUGGUGAUGGCCAACCAGCUGCCACAGCCGGCAACUUUCCCAGAGUUCAAGAGGAGAGGCGGGGCAGAGCUGGCGGGAGCUUUGAAAAACAGCCACAAGGCUUUGAAGGCGCUUCAAAGGUCCCUGCUGGAGCUGCACGACCAACUGCUUUAUCGGCACGCCGACACAAGGCGAGUCGCCACCGGGAAAACAGCUGCAGAGAUUGAAGACGAGGAGAUAAACAGCGAUGAGGACGACGUGCCUAUGACGACGAGUGGUGCACCCAAAAGGAAACUAGACAUGGCAGAGUACCCGGAAUUUAUGGGGAAGCGCUUCGCUGCUUUCCAGCCUUAUCGUGACGCCACCUUGCAGAAAUGGCACGACAAAACCAGACUGACCACGGGGAAGAGCGGGAAGGGCUUCGGGGCGUUCGACAGGAGCAUCCUGACCCAGGUGGAGCAGGUGCUGAUGGACCCCCAGAGGCUGGUGCGGCGCACGCAGAACCGACGGUCAGAGUACAGAGUCCUGGGGAGGCAAGAGGACGCCACUGAGGUCAUCUCUGCGGAGGGCGAGGAUGCAGAGCCGCGGCUGAAAGCAAACGCUCAUCUGAAGGAUCUGGACGAGGACAUAUUUGACGAUGACGACUUCUAUCACCAGCUCCUGAGGGAGCUCAUCGAGCGCAAGACGAGCGCAGCCGAUCCCAAUGACCAGGUGGCGAUGGGGCGUCAGUGGCUGGCCAUCCAGAAAUUGCGCAGCAAGAUCAAAAAGAAGGUGGAUACCAAAGCGAGCAAAGGACGCAAAGUCCGCUUCCACGUCCACAGCAAGCUGGUCAACUUCAUGGCACCCGUAGAUCACAACUCCAUGAGCGAUGAGGCCAUGAGCGAGCUUUAUCGAGGCCUCUUCGGGGAAAAGCUCAGCCUGUCAGUGACGCCCCAAAAUAAGUGACAAGAAACAAACGGUGAGGACUGAGGUGGAAGCAGCAUGUCUUUGUGUCCCUGUCUGCCACAAGGACGAACGUGGACUCGGACCGAGCUUCGUUUGCAACUUUUAAUGUUCACAGUUUGUGUAAUGAUAAGUCUGUCGUUCACGUAUAAAAUAAUUUUCACCACCGUGUCACUGACUGGAGGGGAAGAUGUCGUUUAUCUACUGUUGUAUGGUGUUAAUUUAAUAAUAAUUAACAGUCACCGUCUUUAACCAGGAUCUGUGGUUGGUCAUCGCAGAGCGGAAAGCAGAAUCAGAGCUGAGGAGAACCUCAUGGAACUGGGAUUUUUAUUUUUUAAAUUGGGCAUUUGUUGUCAGAAUGAAUUUAAGUUUAUUGCAUUCCAGAUCUUGUUACUUUUUCAUCAUAGCUGCGAAGUAGUUACUCUAAUCUUUAGAGUCUAAAGAUUAGAUGCUCAGAUUGUUCCAAGUAAAGGCCGUAUAAUCUGUAUUUAUUUCGUGUUUUUGUUACCUCCACCAAUUCGCCAAUGAAGUUGGAGGUUAUGUUUUUGUCCCUGUUUGUGGACACCCUGUAGCUCACAAUUUUUCAUAUCAUUAUGAAAUUUAUACUGAAGAUUCAUAUCCUGAUAGGCAAGAAGUGAUUCAGUUUUCAAGGUCAAAGGACAAAGUCAGGAAAUCUCUUGGAAAAAAUUCCUAUCAUUAAUAUUGAAUGAAUUUUCAAAAAGUCACAACUGUCAAAAAAGAUGAAAUUUCUUUUGU